AUGCCUAAAAGUAAUCCAGUAACACCUAACAAACAAUCCCCAGAAGACUGGAAUGAUUUGCUCAAUGAAUUCGUUCAAAAAACCGGACGCGGACUUCAAAAAACCUUUAUUAAAAAAAUGUGGGCUGUCCACGAAGAUUUACUGGCGAAUGCGAAAUCUUCCCCGCUUAGAAUGAUGUUUUUCUCUCCUGCAUUAACGAUUUGUCCUGAGGGUGUCAAACUUGUCGCUGAAGUUUUUGUGAAAAUUGGAAUCUCUAACGGACUGACCCUACUGGAGAAGAAUAUUACAAAGUUUGACAUAACAGAUGCGGAAUGUCAAAGAUAUGGAGAAGUUUUCAAAACUGCUUGGCUCGACGCAUACCAAGAUGCAAGCUUUGACCUGACAGAAGAAAUAGAGACGGAUGUGAUCCGAAUUAUAUGCCAAUAUGCUCUCUAUGGACAAAAACCAUUCGCUGCCAAGUUUCGAAAAGUUCUCUCUGCAUUUGUUUCUGGAAAAAAGAAGGAUGUCAAUUUCGCCGAGAUGAUCACAAGAAUUUUGAACGGAUGCCUAUACAGAGCUAUGGACGCUACCAACUAUAUCGUCAGCUCUUCAGCCGUCGAAUUGUUCUUCAUGUUUUUCCCAUUAAUCUCUCAAGAAGAGCUAGAGGAAAGAGAAAAUCUUAUGGCCAACCAGCUCCGCUAUAUGAGUGACUUAUUACGUAGCGAUAUUGUUUCUGUUCGUACGCAAGCAGCGUCAAGUGUUCUGAAAGCUCUAGCAGAAUAUUGGGACAUCAUUCCAAAAGACAUGGCAAAAGAACUUUUAACAUUUAUUAUUGAUGUAUUGAGCCGUGAUUCUGUGGUUGGAGUCAGAGUAGCAGUUUAUGAUGGAUUAAAUGAAAUGGCUUUUAUUCCCUCUUGUAUGAACGUUUUCGAGCACGGAUUGAAGUGUGCUGUACAGAAAGGAGUUCUUGAUGCAUCAGAAAGAGUUCGUCUUGCUGCGUUCCAAGCUAUGGCUCGAAUGAAACAACACAAGUUUAUCAGCCCCUUCGAUAUUAUCGAGCGUGAUGAUUCGAUUGCAGUGUUUGAACUGGAAACUGUUGAAGAAUGCCGCCGUCAGCUUGUUCCAGUCAUGCAUAUUAUAAUGCCAAUCUCAGAAAAUAUUGACGAAGAACAAUACCGUUUACGUGUCAAUCACAUGCUCAAAAAGAGCCGAAUUGCACUUUUGACUUAUUUCCGACUUCUUGGACCAAUGAAGAUAAUCGAUCCAAAACAAGCUGGAAAACUUAUCAUCAUGUUCAACAUGUGGGCAUACAGAUAUCUUCGAAGGAAAGGCGAUCCAUUACCAGAAACUUCUGAAGGACUCAAAAAAGCGAGGUCGUAUUUAGAAUGUUCGCUGAUUAUUUAUAUGUCUUGUAAAAAGAUGCUGUUAUUCGAUUGCAACGAAAACAUCAAAUCAAAAUGUGAUCAACAGUUUGGAAAAAUUGUGAAACUAAUCUUUGAGCAAUACGGCAACACACCAAUACUCGGAACGGCAACUGCAAUUAGCAGCGUUAUUCCGAAAGAAAGUUUGAAGUCAGUUGCCACGGAUGUUCUUGCUCGACUUGCAGACGAUGAAGUUCCCGAAGAAGCACUCGAACCAUUUCUCGAAUCUGCUAUCCAUUUCAACCCAGACGCGGUUUUUGAUUCGUUAUCGAACGGACUCGAUGUGUUUUACGAUUUGUACGGAGAUCAGUCUAAACAAACGAAGAAGAAGAAGCGGAAUAUUGGAAUUCCAGAUGAAUUGCUGACAUCGACAUUAAAAAGGCUCAAAUAUACUAUUCAAAGUCAUAGCACAUCGAGUUUGCUUGCUACAAAUGAUAUUUUCAAACCGAAAAUAUUAGGGCUGAUGAAGAAGGUUGAUUUGGUUCGAGAAGCAAUUGAAGUACGGUUGAGUAAGAAAGAGAACGAGGAUUGUGCACUUCGUGAUGAAACUCUGAUCUUAGCUCUUGAAUUCCGUUUCAUUCUUCCAUUAUACGCAGUGUCAGAAAAUCAGGAAGGUGAAAAAGAGCGAAUGAAAUUAAUCGAGUCUAUCAAGGCCCUUAUGGAUUGGUUCGAAACCAAUAUCGCCAAAAAGAUGUGUGACUUCGGAGAUCACAAUCAAGACUUUUUCAUUAAAUUAUCCACUAGUUUUUUGAAUUGCAUCAAUGUAGCACUAUCUGCAUAUGACUUCAAAAUGAGACCGUUGGAAUACGAAGACGAGGAAGAUGAAGAGAAUCACUCGCCAACAAGAAAAGAUAAGGAAGAUGAAGAAACUGUCGCUGUCAAAAUUGCCAGAAUCGUCCGUUCGUUUGUGAACAGUGGCACCCCAAUCGAUGUAUAUGUCCCCACUCUUCGAGUUGCUGCAACUCUUUGUGACGAUUCGUAUUCAGAAGCUCAUAAUUCCAUUGCUCAGAUCCUUCGAUUUACAAACAAAUGGGUGCACAGUAAAUGCGAACUCGAAACGUUUUCACCGGAGCAAGAGAAAGAAACUGUGGAAGCGAUUCGUCACCUUUAUAAGAGAGUUAUUGAAACUGGGGCAUGGGACGAAAAGUGUUCCAACUCGAUGAUCAACAAUAGCAUUAUCUUUUCAUUUCACAGUUCAUCAGAGGCAGAGAAAGAAUUCGAAGAUCCACGUCACGAAGACUUUAAACCAUCUCAAUUCAUUUCAAUGGUUAUUAUCAAGUUUUUCCUGAAAGACAAGAGCAUUUCAGAUGAAUUUUUCAAUACACUCUCAUGUCAUUACAUUAAUGAAAACAGUGUAUAUUUCAAUUGUGAGGACGAAGAUGAUGCCACUUUUUUCAAGCUUUCAAGACUGGCCGCAUUGUCCCAUUUUUUGCGAGUUCUAGAGAGGUACUCAAAGUAUCAUACCAGUUUGAUCAAAAAUGAAAUCGAACAUAUAACUACUCGUGUAUUGGACAUUUUUGCCAGCGCAUCGGAUCUUAACACUGUACCGCAUCAUGUUAUGAACAGCUUGUCAAUUCUUCUCGAUGUGGGACUACCCGAUGGAUUUUAA